GGUUUAACUUCUCUGGUUUCUUUCCUCCUCCGCUGUCUCUCCAUUGUCUUGAACCUCUCUCUCCUCUCGAAUAUCUCACCAGGACAGGUAAACAAUGUCCGCAAAGAGAGCUACGCUUCUUACAAUCAACUCUCUCACUGCUUUAUCCAAGGUAUGUCCUUCUCCCAACUCCUCCUCGGCUUCAUCUAAAACCCUAACUUUAUUGAAGAAUCUUAGUACUGCCGCUGAAAGAGCCGAUUUUCAAAAUCCUAACGGGUUUCAAAAAGAAAAUUCUCCAGAGAAUCAGCAAAACCCUAAUGGGUUUGACGCAGACAAUCAGAAUCAUAUAGAGUUUCAGCAAAAACCAAAUGGGCAAAGCAGCCCGGCUGGGUAUUUUUCCGGAAGCCCACAAGGGUUUUAUGGAGGCAACUCUGUGGAGGCUCAACAAAGCAUAAACCCUAAUGGGGGUUUUGAGGAAAACCUUAGAAAUGAAUUUCACAGGAACCCUGUUGGGCAAAAUGUGAAUUUUAAUGGGUAUAAUGGACAAAGUUUCCGGGAUUUGCAGCAAAAUCCAGAUGGGCUUUAUGGAGGAAACUCCAUGAACUCUUCCGAAGUUCAUCAAGACUUAAAUCCUAGAGGUUACGGGGAAUAUGCUAGAAACGAGUUUAAGCAGAACCCAUUUAGCCAGAGUGGAAAUUUUAGUAGGAAUUAUAGGCAAGGUUCUGGAGGCUUGCCGGCAAAUCAGAACGAGCUUUGUAGGCAAAGCACUAUAAAUGAAUAUCAGCAGAACCUAGUUGGGCAAAGUGGAAAUAUUAAUGAGUAUUGUGGGCAAAAUUAUGGAGAAUCAUUGCAAAAGUCGAAUGACUUUUAUGGACAAAACAGAAAUGUACAGAACUCAUAUUACAGUGAGGGACGAGCAGAAGUGAACCAGAAUCGGAAUGGGAAUUGUCAACAGAUCAUAUCGGAGACUCUGGGAGACCUAAAUAGGAAUUAUGGAGAAAAUAUCAGGCAAUUUCAGCAGAGCCCAAGUGGAUAUCAUAGAGAAAAUCUACAGCAGUAUCAGCCAAGUGAGAAUAUGUACUAUAGAGAAAAUGUUGGCCAAUAUCAACAGAACCCAAAUGUUGGUCAAUAUCAGCAGAACCCAAAUGUUGGUCAAUAUCAGCAGAACCCAAAUAUUGGUCAAUAUCAGCAGAACCCAAAUGUUGGUCAAUAUCAGCAGAACCCAAAUGUUGGUCAAUAUCAGCAGAACCCAAAUGUUGCUCAAUAUCAGCAGAACCCAAAUGUUGGUCAAUAUCAAACAAACUCUAAUGAGUUUCAGAAUAGCAUGGUGGGUUCUCCAAAAUCAAGUAAUUACAAACCAGAUGGAGAGUCUUUAGAAGCUGCAGAGAGUAGCCAAUAUAGUGGCACUCUUGAGGAGGUGGAUGAUUUCUGCAAGGAUGGAAAAGUAAAGGAAGCUAUAGAAGUUUUGGGAUUGUUGGAGAAGCAGCACACUCCUGUGGAUUUGCCCAGGUACCUGCGGUUAAUGAAGGCAUGUGGGGAGGCUAAAGCACUACAAGAAGCAAAAUCUGUUCACGAGAGCCUUAUCAAAUCAGUAUCCCCUCUCAAAGUGAGUACUUAUAACAGGAUCCUAGAGAUGUAUUCAAAAUGCGGUUCCAUGGAUGAUGCAUAUGCAGUGUUUAAGAAAAUGCCAGAGCGCAAUUUGACAUCCUGGGACACCAUGAUAGCAUGGUUUGCUAAGAAUGAUCUUGGAGAGGAGGCAAUUGAUCUGUUCAUUCAAUUCAAGGAAUCAGGACUGAAACCCGAUGGUCAAAUGUUUAUUGGGGUCUUCAUGGCCUGCAGUGUCUUAGGCGAUGUCAUUGAGGGGAUGUUGCACUUUAAUUCAAUGAGCAAGGAUUAUGGCAUUGUUCCAUCCAUGAAGCAUUAUGUGAGUAUGGUGGACAUGCUGGGUAAUUCAGGGUACUUGGAUGAAGCACUGGAGUUCGUUGAGAAGAUGCCGCUAGAGCCAAGUGUCGAUGUCUGGGAAACCUUGAUGAAUAUAUGUAGAGUUCAAGGGAAUAUGGAAAUCGGGGAUCGCUGUGCUGAGCUUGUUGAGCAUCUGGAGCCCUCCCGCUUAACCGAGCAAUCAAAAGCAGGCCUUGUACCAGUGAAAGCUUCUGACCUUGAGAAAGAGAAAGAGAAGAAGAAAUUGGCCAGUCAAAAUCUUUUAGAGGUUAGGAGCAGGGUCCAUGAAUAUCGAGCGGGGGAUACAUCUCAUCCUGAGAAUGACAAGAUCUACGCAAAACUAAGGGGAUUGAAGGCACAAAUGAAAGAGGCUGGUUAUGUGCCAGAGACCAGAUUUGUGUUGCAUGACAUAGACCAAGAAGGCAAGGAGGAAGCUCUUCUUGCUCAUAGUGAGAGACUUGCUGUUGCUUACGGCCUUCUCAGCAGCCCAGCGCGUUCACCUAUUAGGGUAAUCAAGAAUCUUCGUGUUUGUGGUGACUGUCACACUGCCCUGAAGAUCAUUUCAAAGCUUGUUGGCAGGGAGCUCAUCAUACGAGAUGCUAAGAGAUUCCACCACUUCAAAGAUGGAUUGUGUUCUUGCCGGGAUUAUUGGUGAAUGAAAUUCAAUUACAGGUGCAUGUUGAGGCGUGCUUCAUGGCGAAGCGCCUCGAAAAUGCGAUGAGGCGCAAGGAAAAAAUGCAUUAGACUUGCGGGUCAAGGUUUGGCAAAGGCACGGCUCAAGUGCGCUUGUCAUGCCUGGAGGCUUGAGGCAUAAGCCUCAGUGGACUCGUCGAUGUAUUAUUUGGAAAGACAUUAAAGAAAGGUGUACAAUCACAAAAGAACAAUUAUUUUAUUUUUCUUGUUUCCCUUUUUAUUAAUUAAACUGAAUUAAUUCUUCCUCA